AUGGACGAUCCGUUAGGUCUAGGAGCUCGCUCAUUGGCAAUAAACAAACUGAUCCGACUUUCGCGCCUUGUCCUUAUGGUUCGACAGCUCGUGGCGGGACAGGAAGAUUCGCGGCAUACGGUUGACACCCUGACUCUGGCUAAAAGUGUUUUUGAUCCACCCUCAAAGGUUAUGAUCGAGGAUCUGAUCAACGACACGUCCGUACAAUCAGACUCAUCCACCAAUCCUUUAGGUAGCUGCAUCAAAUAUUCAGAUGAUGAGGUAUAUGCCGUUGCAGUGUUUUACUACAUGUGGCGCAACGCCAUUUGUGGGAUCGUCCACCGAGUUCUCGACCGAGUACAGCCUGCUGUGUUGGUGCAAUACUUCAGUCCCGACAGGGUUCAAAUCGAAGACAUUGAAGUCGCGGGAGAAAUCGCUAUGAGUAAGUAA